AUGGAGGAAAAAGACAGACAAGCAGCGAUUGAUAAUUUAUAUAAUCAUGGAAUGAAAGUACGUCGGGAAGUGGUAGGCGAUAAAUAUGUUGAUCGAUCCUUACAAUCCUCUAAUGAAGGAACUGUUUCUAAGCCUACACAAGAAUACAUCACUGCUGCAUGUUGGGGAGGCGUUUGGGCUCGAAAUAACGGCAUCUUAACAAGGAAAGAACGCAGUCUAAUGAAUUUAAGCAUGUUAGCUUGUUUAAAUCGUUCAACCGAAUUAAAUACCCACGUCAAAGGAGCUUUAAAUAACGGAGUAACGGAAGAGCAAAUCGCAGAAGUUAUGUUGGCAGUUUGUGUUUAUGCCGGAGCACCGGCAGGAAUGGAAGGUUGCAGGAUAGCCGAAGUAGCAAUAAAACAAUGGAAAGAAGAAAGAGUCGUAUCAUCAGAUUAA